GCCACAUUCGAAUUUCUAUCCCAAUUCGUCAGUUCUCCAAUGUUUUAUUCAACUGAACUUCUUUCUCUCAGAAGGAAAGGCAAAUUAGCCAAAUGCUGGUUAGCCGCAACCUUUAGUGAAAAGAUGUUUAAGGAAACUUGCAGACCGAUACUAAUUAAGAAGAUUAACAUAGUCCUUACUUGCGAAGAAAUUUUGUCAACGAUUGAAAUGAGAAGUGGGAGAAAUUAUGGCAGAUUUAGUCUCUAUCUUUCUUCACAAUUAAUGUAUGGUGCUGCGAAAAUACUUCUUUACCAAACGAAAUACUUUCAAGCGUUAAUAUUAAUAAACGGGAAAAUAUUUCAAAUAUAUUUUCGUAGGCAUGAAGAAUUUAACACGGUAAUGGCGUUAGAAUUACCGGAUGUUCCUCCUAUGGAAGAUGUGUUCCGGAAUUUAGAAUUUCCAUCAAAUUCGCAUUUAAUUACAGAAGAACCAUAUACUUCCGUUAUAGGACGUUUGAUGCAAGAUGAAAUGAAUUUCGGGAUACUAUCCGAACAGGAUAUGGAACAAUACUUAGCCGGACCAGAACUAUCCUUAAACGAAAUACGAAGAUUUCCUUGGGAUCAAUCGGAUCAAGAAAUUCAUGAGAAAUCGGUGCAAGUUCCUUUUGUUGAUGUUAACAGAUUUGAGAUCGAGACAAUUGAAACUGAAAGAGAAACACGAAUAGCAUCCGCUGAAAAUGAUCAACACAAAUCCUUUGUCGUUUCUAGAGGGUCGGACGUUAAAAAGCCUGCGACUUCUAGGAAAAGAACUUUAAUAUCUCCAACAGAAAUUCCUGCGAAAAGAAGCAAGAUAAGUCCUGUAGAAGAUUUACCACCUCCGCUUCCGAUAGAACCACCACCACCACCACCACCACUAAUAGACGAACCUCCAUCUGCACCUGAAUUACCGUUUCAAUUACAGCAAAGUUUAUUAGUUCUUGAAAAUAUAGAAUUAAUUGAAGUAGUAAAACCAAAAAAGACAAGAAAAUGUUUCGAUGAACGAACUCAACUGUCUGGUAGCGUCAUGCGAAAAUAUAUCAGGAAUAUUUCAGUUCAUACAAGACCUCUUUGGAGAGAAAGGUCUACGUCUAUUUUACUACGAGGAACUGAAUAUCUAAGACAACCAUCAACGAAAAUUGCCAAUAAAUCGUGGGGAAGAACAUUAAAUAAAUUGUUCAGUAGUUGUCUUACGAAACCAUUGGCGCAAACGGUUCAAAACGAUUUUCAAGAUGUUAUUGAUUUUGAAAUUGAACAGACAACAGCUGGAGAAACUAUUCGUGUGGGCGCUUUAAGUAGACUACCGGAUCAAACACAUGAAUUAUCAUCAAGAAAGCUUAUGUUUACUGCACCUGAAAUUACUUAUCAAUCUAAAACAUUAGAAAAAAUCCUCCAAACAGAAAAUCUCGUAGCAGGGGAAGAAGAAGAGCCUCCUGAAGAGCAAAGAAUAGAAACAAAGAAGUUUGAAGAACCUCUAAUUGAACUUCCUGAAAUUACAGGUUUUGAAGAAAAAAUUGGAGAAAGGACAGUAACAGAAAAAUCAUCUGAUGGGAGAAAUGCAAAAUCCAGUUCUUCCUCUGUUUCAAAGACACAUUUAAUUAAAAAAGAGUUGUUGGCAUUAAUGGAAACUCAUUGGAGUGAAAGGACAUUCAUAAAAUUUCAUGAUGUAAUUUCACCAGAGAGUUGUAAUAAAUUUGAUGCUGCAUCCACCUUUGCACACUGUUUAGAACUCCAUGCAAAGAAAAAGAUAAUUCUGAAACAGGCUGAACCUUUUGAUACAAUUUGGAUACAAAAAUACCCUUAUUAUACUUCAGAAAGUGGUAACAGUACUGCUGCAGCAUCAUGA